GAGGAGGUGCGGCUAGUGCGCGUGCGCAACCCCUUCGGCCGCUUCCCGGACACCGAGUGGAGCGGCGCUUGGCGCGACGGCGAUUAUCGAUGGAAUGAUGUUGACCAGCGCACGAAGGACAGCAUGCAGUACAAAGCGGACGAGGACGGGGAAUUCUGGAUGGAAGACACUGACUUCGCAAACUCAUUCGCUCGCAUCAGUUUCGCUAUGAAGACUCCGCUUCUUGCUGGAGCUCCAAUGGACGGCAUCGAAAACCUUCAUGUGUUGCGAGGCUAUUGGCAAAAAGGGGUGAGCGCAGGAGGCAGCCAAAAGGAUAUGAAGAAGUUCGCCACGAAUCCUCAGUACUCUUUGAUUGUCAAGGAG